GGGUCUGGUGGUGCGCACGGUGGGAAUUUGGAGGAGCUCGCCCCUCAAAAAAACCUCUGUGGAGUUAUCCAGGCGGUUUUCCUUCAACAUGGUCAUCACGGACAAGCUCCAGCAGGCCCCUUGCCCACGCGACUGGGCUUGUCAAGUGCGAUCGUCCAAACUCUCAAUUAUUACGACAACCCCAACGGCCCUGAGCCCGGCAGCCCCCCUUUCGCAACGUCCAUGGUUGCUUGUCCUCCGCACCGGAGGGUGAGGUCCAUCGUCGUAUCGGUGGGGGUGGCACAUUCGUACAGUCCAUCCACUUUCCACGGCACCGUCUGCAGCAGGCUCCGUCGGCUUGUCGAUCAUCAGCUCCAUGGCAAAACAAUGGGGAAACACCAUCUUGCUGCCAAGACGACGAGUCGAGCUGGGCACCGGACUGCCAGGCGGCGCUCCGCUAGCUCCCCGUUGGCAUCGCCAUCAAUGGCACCCACGAGACAAGCACGAGGUCCAAGCAACCGACGGACUGCUCAUCAUUGGAGGUCGAUGCAGGGGUCCUCACGCGUCCAACCCCUGCCGCACUGCGCAGGGCUACGGCUGCCAGGGGACAACAUCCCCGUAGGUGGGCUUGGUGGAGUUGUCUCGAAGUUCGAGUCGAAAACACUUGCAGGCUUGGACGAGCAUGGUGACCAUUCGGAUCGCCAGAUCCCGUAUAACUCGAGGGGCGUCCCCGGCCCUCCUCGUCUUUCCCGCCUGGUCUCUCUCUCUCCAGUUUCUCAAGUCAUCAUCACUUUCGUCAGCCUGUAACAAAAAGUUGUUUGUUUCGCCAAAGCCUUUAAUCACAUACACACUCCUUCGACACUCUUUCCAACACACACACACACACAACACCGCCAACAUGCAGAUCAAGACUGUCGUCCUCUCCUUCUUCGU